AGAGACAGCAGUUACAGAGAGCGAGAAAUAGAGUGAGUGAGUGAGCCAGCAAGAGCUGACAGGGCUACAGCUUUUGGGACUGCUGGAAAGGCGUGUCGAUUGCUGUCAAAUAUUUGCUCAUUUUGAGGCACAUAGAGAACACACAAGUCUAGAGCAAUUUGGUUAAGCACACGUCCGCGCAUUAGAUUCUAUAGGAUUUUUAGAAAAUUCUGCAUUUGCGUGAACAUUGAACUAUAUGUCGUUUGAUUUGUGAUUGCGCCGCACUGGUAGCAAUGUCAACUGCGCUGGCAGCGGCGGCAAGUGCAACCGGCACGUCCACAACAGCGCCGCCAGCAGCGACCACAACAGCCACGUCCUCGACAACGACAGCCACAGCAGCAUCAGCACCGCAACAACAACAGCCACAGCCGGAGGCGGCAGCAGUUCCAGAUGGUUUCAAUGGCGGCUUUCCGCCAGUGGAUCGCUUCGGCCGUCCGACUGCAUCGACGCCACGCGAACGCUUCGGUCAUGGCCGCCAUGCGAAUGGCCCGAUUUCCUUUGCCCGUGAGUCCAAGACGUUCUACAAUAGCAAUGGCAACGUUACUAUGGGUGCACCGGGCACUCGCAUACGCCAUCCGUUUGAUCCGCGCUCAGGACUGCAGCGCGGCUCCCAGCAGCAGCAGCAACAGCAGCAGCAGCAACAACAGCAGCAGCAGCAAGCUGCCGUCUCCUUGCACAACGGACACAAUGCGGCUGCCAUGGAACCGAACAACAUGAACCGACGCGGUGGCUAUCAGGGGGGGAGUGGCAACUACCACGCCACAUCGGGCCGCCAUCUGAAGCGCUCGAAGAGCCAGUUGACAACAGCGCGCAGCUCGCACUCCUCGGACUCGGUGUCGCCGUCGUCGUCGAAGACGCAGUUCGAGCAGCGCGUGGAGCCGGCGUCCACUGUGUCGCUGGCCUCGUACAAUCACCAGCAGCGCAGCUAUCGCAAUCGGGCGCGCUACCUGACCGCCAAUGUGGGCAUGGAGCUGGUGGGGCAGCAGCGCGGCCAGCAGCAGCCGGCUGGCAAUUAUCAGCCGCCGAUGCGGCGCAUGCCCAAGUUCACGGAGAUGCAGCGCCAGCAUACGCGCUCGUAUCAGUCGCGUCACAUGGAGCAUGCCGGCUACUCGCUGCCCUUGGCCCCAUAUCCGGAGGCGCAAAUGGAGCUGGACGAUCAGGACUCGCCGGGCAUAAAUGCUGCCAGCAGCGGCACCUCGGACGGUGACCAUCAUCAUGAGUCGGACUUUGAGCAGCGCAGCCCCGUCGAAUAUGGCGUUCCGAUCAAUGCGGAGUUCUCAUCGGAUGUCGAUCUGCAGGGCAACAACCAGACGAACCGCUCCAACUGCGGCGACUGCGACACACAGUCGUUCGCCAGCCUGGAGCCGAGCUCGUCCAGCGAGAGCACGGAGAGCGAACAGAGCGACGCGUCGCUGGAGUCGAUGGUGCGGAAGAUAACCAUAAGCUGCCUGGCCCUGGCCACCAGCGCUCAGAUGCCCGACCUGAAGGGGCCGAACCUGAUACCCUUUGGGGAUAUGCAUCACUUGCGGGAGUCUGAGCGCAAGGGUCAGCAUGGCGCACGGAAUGGCUUCAAGUGCUCGUCGCACUGCUGCGGCGAUAUGCUGGUCGAGCCGAAGGCAACGCAGCUGGUGCGCGCCAACGAAACGGAUGAGGACAAUUGCUCUGAGGCAUCGGCCAUAGCCUCCAGCAAGACCCUGCUGGCCGUCUCCACCAAGGGCAAUAUCAUUAAGGACGACAUGGAUGACGAUCAGCCGUUGACCAUGCAGAAUCGCUAUUGGCACGAGUUCUUUGGCUAUACGCCGGCCGAUCGCUUUCUGACCCGCACCAAGAUGGUGGAAAUGAAACGUCCACCGCACUCGGUGCCCAGCCGCUCCAAAUGGGAUCCCCUCACGCUGGCCAUUUGGCAGAAGUUCCGCGAGGCUCAGCAGACUCGCCACAUUUUCAAGACCAAGAUGCGCCUCUGGCGCUUCAUCUACAAGGUGACUAUGGCCGUCUAUCCGCGCUACGGCGUCUAUCUGGUGGGCUCCUCCAUAUCGUUUUUUGGCUCCAAGUGCUCCGACAUGGACAUCUGCAUGCUGGCCUGCACCAAUCACAACAUCGAUCCCCGCAUGGAGGCCGUCUACCACUUGCAAAUCAUGCGCGAAAUGCUGAAUGCCACCGAACAGUUUCAGGAGUUCAAUUUGAUUGAGGCGCGCGUGCCGAUCCUACGCUUCACGGAUCGCCGCCACAAGGUGGAGGUGGACAUCAAUUUCAACAAUUCGGUGGGCAUACGGAACACCCAUUUGCUCUACUGCUACUCGCAGCUGGAGUGGCGCCUGCGUCCGAUUGCGCUCACCAUCAAGCAGUGGGCGCAGUACCACAACAUCAACAAUGCCAAGAACAUGACCAUCUCCAGCUACUCGCUCAUGCUGAUGGUCAUACACUUUCUGCAGUCCGGCGUCAGUCCGCCGGUGCUGCCGUGCCUGCACAAGAUGUAUCCGGAGAAGUUCAGCAUUCUGCAGCCGACUGACUUUGGCUAUGUGGACAUGAACGAGGUGAUGGCCCCGUAUCAGUCGGACAACCAUCAGACGCUGGGCGAGCUGUUGCUCGAUUUUCUGCACUAUUACAGCAUCUUUGAGUACAGCAAGUUUGCGAUUUCGAUACGGGUCGGCGGCGUGCUGCCGGUGGAGACAUGCCGCUCCUCGAAGGCGGCCAAAAACGAUAUACACCAGUGGAAUGAGCUGUGCAUCGAGGAGCCGUUCGAUUUGACAAAUACGGCACGCUCCGUCUACGAUCCGGAUACGUUCGAUCGGAUUCGUGCCAUCUUCUUGGCCUCGUACACUCGAUUGGAGUCCACCCGUAAUUUGAAUUCCAUCUUCGAGGACUACGACGGCCCCACCAUACAGAUGGCACCGGUCACCGAAGAAUCGGACAACGAGACGGCCCUCAAGCAGGCGAGCGCCGCAUCCUCCAAAUCGAACAGCGCCCAGCCAUCGCCCAGGCACAUGGUGGACAAGGCGACCACGGCUCUGUGGAGCGACAUACGCAGCAAGGUGGAACAGUCCGAAAUGGUGUCCAUUGUGGAGGAGCAUGUCCUUAAUUUGGCCAAAGAGGCCAAGCAAAAGAAAAACGCACGCGCCCCCCAAUAAUUGCAUGAGAAAUGAAAAACUGCGGCCACGCACCCAACAUCAACAAGCAAAGAAAAAAUGUAUUAAAAAACAGUGAUCAACCGUUUCCUUCCUUCUCUCAACGAAAAAACCCUCCGCAAGAAAAGAAAAAAAAAAAAAUUAGCAAGAAAAGAAGAUAAGAAAUACGCAGAAGAAUUAUCGAACCGUCCAAGAGUCGCCCUCACGCACCGGCCUUAGACCUGAGCAGCAAUCAUUAGUUGCGCGCUAAUGCCAGACAGCUGUCCCAUCCGAAAGUGUACAAUUUUGAUAGAAACGAUCGUAGUUGCUUGUAGCUUGCACCGGAACAACACUUUUAAAUUUUACGUUGGACACUUCACAAUUUAGAUUCUUGACAUUCUUGAAAGAUUCCUUCGCAAGCGAUAGUCUCCCUGAAAAACAAAAAAUAAUUUUUUCAACUCUAAUCUUUCGUAAAUGUGGUCGCAAAAAAAAUCACUAUUAGUACAAAUACAA